AGCGCGGCCGGGAGGGCGACGCGGCUGUUGCAGCCAUGGGCUCGGGGCCUGCGGAGGAGCGGAGGGGGCGCGAGCACCGGCCGGACCUGGCGAGAGAGACGGCUGCCGGGACCCGCCCUAGACGCUGAGCCGCGGUGGGGUCCCCGCCUCCCAGCCAGGGAGGCAACUCGAGGGAGCCGGGCAGCCGCCGGCCACUUCAGGGGGUCCGCCUCGCCGUCCGAGCGGUCGAGAGGGCCUUGGGGGGCACAUCUGGGGGUGCGGUGACCCGCCCGGCGCGUUUCGGGGGUCGGGGCGCGUCUGGCAGGGGGCACCUGGAGCCCGACGCCGCCUCUGUGGAGCCCCGGGGCGCCCCUGGAUGGCUGCGCUGUGCCCUCGCCGGCCGCCCUGGCGCCGCAGCGGCUGAGCUCGCUGGGAUCGCCGGGCCGCCGCAGCCCUCGCCACCCGCUGCAUGCUCGGCGCCCGGGUCGCGGCCCACCUGGACGCACUGGGCCCCCUGGUCCCCUACGUGCCGCCGCCGCUGCUGCCCUCUAUGUUCUACGUGGGCCUGUUCUUCGUCAAUGUGCUGAUCCUGUACUACGCCUUUCUCAUGGAGUACAUCGUCCUCAACGUGGGCCUCGUCUUCCUGCCCGAGGACAUGGACCAGGCGCUCGUGGACCUCGGCGUGCUCUCAGACCCCGGCUCGGGCCUCUACGAUGCCGACUCGGAGCUCGACGUCUUUGAUGGGUAUUUGGAGUAGGGUCUCGACUGCCAUUCCCCUCUUCCCUCCACGGUCCGCGAUCCGCUCCCUGGACCAGCCGCCCAGAUCAUGCCGCCGCUGCUGGUUGGGGGCACCAUCUGGACGGGGAUGGAACCCCAGGAGGAGGCCCUCCCCUGCCUCCGAGACCUGCCUUUUCCCCUCAAAAGCUUCGUGCCAACAGAGAGGUUCCUUUUCAGACCCAGGAGGGUGGAACGCAGAUUGGGACUGAGCCCUGAGGUUGGGAAGGCCUCUGCUCCCACAGAAGGGGGAAGGCAAGGGGUGUCCCAAGACCUCAUCUGCCUGCAGCAUCACAGCGACGGCCUGGCCUUGGCUUCUGAUUAUUUGCAACUGCGACGGAUGUUUACAGGCACCCAGCCAGAGUUUGCGUCCUCGAACUUCACCCCGGAGCGCACCUGCUUCCCCCACUUCACCUUCAGAGAGGACGCUUCAAACUGUGGACACACGCACAAGCGAUUCCCAGCUCCAUGUGAUGUGAGUUGAGCCUUCAGGCCAGCUGGGUUUACCCCAAGGCUGGUCUUAGAUGCAGAGACUUGUUUCAGGGAGUGACUCAGAAGAAAAAGAAGCCGAGGAAGCUUUCGGGGGGUGCUGAGGGUGGGAUUUUCGCUUCUUCAUUUCAGGUUACUCGUUCUUCAGUAAGUUGGCAAAACAAGUUCCUCAUGCUGGGGAGUGCCACGUGACUCCCCUGGCUGGAAAUGCUUUUCUGAAAGCAUGAGUGUUGUGCCUACUUAAUUCUGAUAAACCUGUUUAAGCAAUACUUAGGAGGCUGACUUCUUUGGAUUAAACAAAAAUGUAUGCAACUCCAA